AUGGCGCUGAUGGGCGUCUUGCAGCUGGCCUUCCUCGUUCGCUUCCUAUCACGACCGGCUUUGAGUGGCUUCAUAACAGCCAGCGCCAUGCUGAUCAUGCUGUCGCAGGUAGCUCCGAUGCUGGGGCUUCCGGACUGGGCGAGCAAGGGAGGCAUCGUGAACAUCGUCAGGCAUCAUCUGACCUACCUCGAAAUGACCAGCCCCGCGACGCUCUGCCUCAGCACUUUCACGCUUCUAUUCCUGCUCAAUGCCAAGAGACUGAAGACAGUGCGCUUCCUGAAGUUCCUCAGUGACUUCAAGGAAUUGGUCAUGCUGGCAGUUUCAGCAGUCUUCUGCACUUUCUACAACCAGCAGGCCAAGGCUGACGAUCGCAUCCGCGUCGUGGGCAAGGUUCCCUCCGGUUUGCCGAAACUAACGUUUCCAGUAACCUCCGCUGCAGAUUUGCAGCUGAUGAAGGAGCUGGUCCCCGGUGCCAUUCUCCUAGCUUUCGUCGUCUUCCUUUCGUCCUUUGCGGGAGCGAAGAAGUUUGCCAUGAAGGAUGGCUACCAGAUCCGAGCCUUCAACGAGCUCAUGGCGCUAGGAUUCGCAAACUUCCUUGGCGCCUUCUUUGGCUCUGUGCCAACACAGGUGGGCCUCAGCCGCAUGGGGAUCGCCCACCAGGCGGGUAUCAAGAGCCAGCUCGGUGCCAACAUUCUCGUUGGAGUCGUGGUCUGUCUUGGAGUGGUGCUCUUCAGCAGAUACGUCGAGAAUGUGCCAAUGUGCGUGCUGAACUGUAUCAUUGUCAACGGCGCCUCACAUUUGACCGAGUUCGACCAGGCCGUGGAGUUGUAUGCAUAUGCCCAGAACGAGCGGUACAGCUGGAAGAUGAGAGGCGAGAUGUUUACCUGGAUUAUUGGGUUCAGUUGUACCCUGUGCUUCGGGGCCUUCCAAGGCAUGCUGGCAGCCGUGGUCACGUCACUGGUGAUCAUCCUUUAUCAGGUUGUGAACCCAGACAUUGUGGAACUUGGCUUCCGGUCGCGAGAUGGGGAAGACACACACAGUAGCAGGGCUCGCAAAUGGAUGGCUUUAGAUCGAGCAGGUGCUUGCAGGGAGCAUGGGAUCCUCGUGCUUCGGAUGGAAGGCCCUUUGUUCUACGCAAAUGUCGAGAGAUUGCAGGAAUGGGUCGAAGAGCAGGAGCUGGAUUAUAGCGAGAGGAGUGGAAUCGACAACUCGCUGGACGGCAUCAUUCUAUCGGCAUCUGCUAUUCCAUUUAUGGACACAUCAGCCGUGCAGACGCUGUCCGCACUCAUAAAAAACGUGUGCUGGGCGUGGGACCCUUUUCUGCAUCGCCAAUACAUUUGGCACCACGGGUCGAAUUGCUGCAGACAAGCUCGAGCCGCUGAUGCUCGCUGCACUGAAGACGAGCUAUCUGAAGACCCAGCUCAAGAACAGUGCCAGUAUUGA